AUGGGGCACAAACAGUAUUUAGCGGUGGGGCAGUCAGCUAGGAACAGGCUUUUUGGGAUACCCAAUAAGAAGCCAGUGCCACUCAACAUGCUGAUAUCACAACAGGGCAAAUUAAAUCAUGGUCGUCUCGCAGUGAUAACAUUCAGCAUAUGCACAGUGGUACUUGGCGUCAUACUCUCCUUUGUGCCGUGGUUAGACUACAUAAUAUUUAGAGAGUUAAGGUUAUGGAACGGAUCACUAAGCUACAGUUACUGGCAAAAACCUGGUGUGAUAAGAUUGACAAAAGUCUACAUCUUCAAUAUGACGAAUCCGCAUGGAUUCCUUGAAAAUGGGGAAAAACCAAAAUUGGUUGAAGUUGGGCCCUUUGUUUAUAGAGAAGACAUGGAAAAAGUGAACAUCAAAUUCCACGACAACGAUACUGUGACGUACCAACAUAACAAAAUUUUAAGAUUCGUACCAGAACUAUCUGUAGAUAAAACGCAGAAACUUGUGAUUCCUAAUAUUCCUUUAUUGACUGUCACCUCUUUUUCCACGAACCUCGCAGGAUGGCUCUUCAACCUUUUAGUUUCUGGUCUAGCCAUCACGUACAGAGAUAGGGCUAAGCCGUUUGUGCAAGUUACUGCAGAGGAAUUGGUUUUUGGCUACAAUGACCCGCUGGUCACUCUUGCACACUACUUCUACCCGAAAGGAAAACGACCAAACAGCCAAAUGGGACUCUUGCUCGCUAGAAACGGUACAUUAGAGGAAGUUUCUACGAUUUAUACCGGACAAGAUAUGGCGAAAUUUGGUUAUCUGAAUAAACUGAAUGGUCUCGAUCAUCUACCGUAUUGGCCGGAUAGUCCCUGCAACAAUAUCAGGGCAUCCGAAGGCUCCUUCUUUCCUCCUCGAUCGAUAACAAAAGACGACAUAGUAUAUGUCUACGAUAAGGAUUUGUGUAGAAUCAUGCCGUUUAAAUACAGGAAGGAUGUUUAUAAAGAUGGUAUCCUAACAGGUCUCUACACACCCCCUAGCACAUAUUUAGAAGAUGGUGAAAAAAAUCCAGAUAACAAGUGUUAUUGUCAAGGAGAGAAAUGCCCUCCGAGAGGACUUCAGACUAUCAGCCCUUGUCAAUAUAAUGCUCCAGUCUACCUUUCAUACCCUCAUUUCUAUAACGCAGAACCGUCGUUGUUGGAACGUUUUGAAGGGCUACAACCAGAUAAAAAGAAACAUGAAAGCUAUUUUUUACUACAGCCGAAAAUAGGUGUCCCCUUGGAAGCCCAAGUGAGGGUGCAACUAAACAUUAAAGUAGAUCAAGCUCCCAACAUAAAGGUGAACAACAUACACAAGUUUCCUGAUAUUGUGUUUCCUGUGAUGUGGGUGCAAGAGGGCAUGGAUAGCGUCUCCACUUCUAUAUGGAGGUGGAUAUUCCUAGGCACAACUUUAGGUCCUAUCGCUGCGAGUCUAAUAUCAUAUUCCCUCAUCACAAUCGGUUUAGGAGUUUUAAUCACGGUAUUCAUAAAAGCGUACAAAAAUUUCGUUAUCGGCCAAAAUUCGUUGGAAAUUGUCGAGUUAGGGAGAGAAACUAUAAGACGUGGAUCGACUCUAAUAAUUAAUAAUUCCCAUAAACUGCGGCCAACUAAAGAAACUGUUUAUCAACCAUUAAACCAAUGUAGUAGCAAAGGAGACAGAUUUCAAGAGCUUAAUUUUCUAAAUAAAACAGAAAAUUUAAGCCAAAGUAUUGAUGAGUUGAAAUCAAUAUUGAAUAGGGAAUUUGUUAGAGCAAAUUUUAGUGAAGCAGAAAGAGAGUCGUUGAUACAUUCAGAAAAUGUUUUUAUCAAAUCUGAGCAUCGUAGGAGUCGAUUAUUUAAAGUUGAUAAUUAUUUU